UUCUUCUGUUGUUUUUCCACACGAAGUCGUCAGCAAGCGAAAAUAUUAAACAGACUUUUACAAAAGCAAAAUCCUAAAUUACGCGACCAGUGCUAAAGCCUCAUAUCAAAACGAAUUCUAAAAAACAAAAAGUUACUGCGUGCCGUGCACAAACUACUGCUAACUUGGUGUGAUAAGAGCGAAGGACGCAACGCAAUAGAGAAAAGCACAAGUUCUGACUGAGAGUGCUGCUGAGCUUAGGUCGCCACGUCAGUGGGAGUGAGUGAGAAGGCCGGUGGUGCAGCGAGGAGUGCGAGACGACGACUGCAGCAGUUUCUUUUUUAUCGACGGAGCCGCGGAUCGUUUCACAGCAACAAACUGCUGCUGUUGCCCAGCAAAAAACGCUCCAGCUCCAACAUGCUGACCUCGUUCAAGGCGAGCAUAAUGUCGGCAAUUUCGCCGGAUUUGCCGCCACCGCCAAACGGACGCAACGGUGAAAAGUUUCGCUAUUCGCGACCGCUAUUCCUCGAACUGCUGAGUGAGGACGAAUUGCGCGCCUCAAGCGAUCACAAUAUCCGACCGAUAAUCGUGCCGCGCGAUAUCAGUUUGCUGCCCUGGGGCACCGGCUAUGCCGAGUGCGUUAAUUCGGGCAAGUCCAGGCGGAACGAAGAUCAGGCGGCUUUUCGUCGGCAAGUGCUUUCGGAUCCCAAUCGGAUUCAUCCCGAUCUACCGUACACGUAUUUUGGGAUAUUCGAUGGACACGCUGGCUACGGCGCCGCCUUGGCUGCCUCAUAUCAACUGUCGCUGAUAUUGCAUGAGAAACUUGUGGAUUGCAUUGAGCUGCUGCUGCCACGCGAUGCUGUCAAUGGCGAUGAAAGGGUGGCUGCCAUAAAUCCGGCAUUCCCACAUCCCAAGAUCUUUGAGCGCAGCGUCACAAAGGAUGAACUGAUCAUUGGUGCAUUGGAGGCAGCCUUCUUUGACAUGGACGAACUGGUGGAUCAUGACAAUUCACGUUAUCGCGAUGCCGGCGGCUGCACCGCUUGUGUUGUGCUGUUCAUCAAUGGCAAAAUGUAUGUGGCCAAUGCUGGCGACAGUCGUGCUGUGCUUUGCCAGCGACGAUCGGCGGCACCGAAGAACCCAAACAGCACAGCGGCUGAUGGUGAUGGCAAUGGCAAUGGGAAAACUGAGAAAAUUGAGCCAGAUCCAGUGGAUGAUACGCUCAGCUAUGCGACACCAUUUUCGUUUGAUCACACACCCGAAACGGAGCGUAUACGUUUGGAGAAUGUGGCACGUUUGAGGCCAGAGUUAAUUGAAUCGUACUACGUGGCCAUGGAGUAUGCGAAACGGCCGCAAGAGAAGAAUCUGGGACAGCGUGUGCUGUGCCGCAAGGGCACCAUGAAGGGCUGGACAUAUAAGACGGUGACCAGUCGAGAUCUGGCCAUGCCGGUGGUGAAUGGCGAGGGUAAACGUAGCCGUCUAUUGGGCACGCUGGGCGUUACACGUGGCUUUGGCGAUCAUCGUUUGAAGGCGAUCAAUAGACAAAUACCGAUUAAACCAUUUUUAACACCACAUCCCGAUGUGCGAAUUCGUGAUCUCAGCCAAGUGGUUAGCAUACCCGAUGAGCACAACGAGGACGGCGAUUAUGGGGUCCUGGUGAUGGCCACCGAUGGUCUAUGGGAUGUUUCCGAGAAUGAGGCGGUUGCACGUACCGUCUUCCAAACGUUGACACGCUAUCCACAGGAGAAGCAUCGCUAUACUAUGGCCGCCCAAGAGCUGGUGGCGCGUGCCCGUGGCAAAGUGAAUGAUUCGGGUCAUUGGCGACUCGCUGAUAGCAAGGCGGCAGCAACAGUGGAUGAUAUCUCAGUGAUUGUGAUACCAGUCUAUCAGUAUUACAAAGAGCACGUCGAAUGGACGCAAACUUGUGCACAGCGCAAAUUGGCGCAGCAAAACAAUACACAAAAAAAGGUGGAGGUGGAGGUGGAGCAGCAGGUGCCGAAUGAAGCUAUUGUCGAGGUCGAAGAGUCAAUUGUUGUGGAGGUCGAUGAAAAGACGCCGCUGGAGGCGCACGUUGAGAGCGUCAGCGAAACGCUGCAACAGGUGCAAUUGGAGGCGAGUGGCGAACCAGAAAAAUUAGACAAAGAGAACAACAGCAGCGCAGCAGAGACAUCAGCAACAACAACUGCUGGCAAAGCAACAGGAACAACAACUGGAACAGCAGCUGGAGCUGGCAAUGGAAAUGGACCGACAAAGGGCGGAACAACAAAUGCGAUGCCAGCAAAGCAACGAAACAACAACAAAAAGAAGUAGGAAUGCAGAAGAAGAGCGGCGUGUCCUUACUACAAUGAAAUGCUACAUAGAACACAUUUAAAUAAUUAUAACAGAUAUACAUCUAAACAAUAACUCUAAAUAUACAUAUAUUUUUUUUAUAUUGCUGAGGCGCUCAGACUACACAUACACACACACACACACACACACACUAAACGAAACAAAAAGUGUCGAACGAAAUGAUACAGAAACUUCGGCAUAUACUCUUAAAGUACUCUCAGUAUAUGCAAAAUCUAUCGUCAGUUAUGUACAGAAAAGAUGAGAAUGAGAAUGCAUUUCGUUUCUUGGGAACGAAUGCAAAAUGAUGAAAACGAUGAUCAAGAAUCAAAGAACAUGCAUUGUACAAUAAUAAUUUACUAUGUGUAUUUAUUCAAUGUUUAACUUUUAUUUUAUAUAUAAAUAAAUAUAUAUAUAUUUUUUUUUGUUAAUUAAUAUACUCAUAAGAAAAGGAUUUUUACGCCGAUCUGAGCCAGAUCAAAGGCGGCAAAAGGAAGAACCUUUCAUUCGUCACGCUUUUUUGUUUAAAUAUCUCAAAAUAAAUAUUACUGCAAAUGUAUUCAACAUGAUUAUUAUGGUAAUCAGUAAACCAAGAUGCGAGUUAAGACAAAACCAAUUGCAAUUAAACUACAUACAAAACACAAAUGAAAUGAGAAAUGAUUCCAAAACAAAAGUAACUUAACUAAGUAGUUAUUUAAGCUGAUU